UAUUUUCGGGCAUCCCUAAUUUUGAAUCAUUUGACAGACCCAUUUAUCUGUUUUCUUGAUUUUCUGUCUCUAAACCAUGUUGGUUCUUCUUGCAGCUACCUGGGUGGGUGGAGGAGUGAUCGUUGGAACAGCUGAGAUGGUUUACACACCCUCCAUGGGACUGAUCGAGGCUAUCGUCAUGAUUUUAGCAUACAGCGCAUCUUUUCUGAUAUGUAAGUUGAACAGAAUUCACGAAAUACCUUCCUGGUCUGUUUGCCCUCUUCAGAAGAAUGAGGCCCACUCUCUGGAUGCACAGUGUAGCAUUAGCCCAGUAUUUUUUCGGAGCUACUUGAAGAUUUGCUGAGAUUUGGCGAGCAUUACUUUUUAAAUAUUUGUGCCAUUUUAAAAAUGAAUUACCUUAAUCUCUUGUUGUAUUAUUUGCUGUAUUAUUUUUCUUUAAAUCCAGGUGGUCUGGUGUUCGCUAAACCACUGAGAGAACUGAACUGUGUCACCAUGAUGGACCCUUUCCAGGUCAAGUAUGGGAAAGUGCUGACAGCUGGACUGUCCUUGUGCUCUCUUUUUAUCGAGUUGAUGUGGGUUCCUAUCACACUGAUUGCGUUAGGUGAGUGACAGCCAAGAAACACCAAACGCCGACAGCAGAGGCACACACGGCUUAUUAUACAUUGUAGAAACUUAUUUAACAACAAGUGUCUGACAGGAGGAACCAUGAGUGUGAUUUUGGAUAUCUCCUACACUGUGUGUGUCUGGAUCUCUGCUGCUGUUGUCAUCACCUACACACUGAUGGGAGGUCUCUACUCUGUGGCCUACACUGAUGUCAUACAGCUGGUCCUUAUAUUCAUCAGUUUGGUGAGUUUGUACUACUUUUACAUUUUAUACAAAGCCGAAUAAUGCUGUUGUUUCUCACUAUUUUUUUUUUUUUUACAAUUCAUCUCCACAGUGGCUCUGUGUUCCCUUUGUUCUGAUGAACCCCAGCUGCUCGGACAUUGGUCAAACACUGAUGAACAACACCUUACAUGUUCCUUGGAUUGGUUCACCACAACUGAAGAAGACUGGGCUCCUGAUUGAUGACUUUUUAUUUUUUUCACUGGGGACUCAGGGAUUCCAGUGUCUCCAUCAAAGGUCUCUGGCAUCUUCUUCCUUAGCAACGGCCAAGACCACCAGUGUGGUUGCUGGUUUCCUCUUUAUUGUGUUUGGAAUUCCUCCUGUACUUCUUGGCGCAGCUGCAGCAUCAACAGACUGGAACCUGACCUCCUACGGUUCUCCAACUCCAUAUGAAAGUGGUGAAGCUGCGAUGGUCCUGCCCCUCACCCUGCAGCACCUCACUCCAUCCUUCAUCUCCAUCAUCGGUAUUGGAUGCGUGGCCGCUGCUGUGAUGUCAUCAGCUGACUCGUGUUUGAUUUCUUCUACCUCGCUCUUCACCUGUAACAUUUACACAAACAUCCUGAGGCCAAAGGUGAUGAAGGGAUAAUUUAGAGAUUUUACCUCCAAACAUAAUAUCAACAUUAAACUCUUCCUCUCUACUUUCUUCUACAGGCAUCACAAAACGAGAUUCAGUGGGUAAUCCGUAUUACUGUCUUGGUGAUGGGUUUGGUUGGUACAUCACUAACCACUGAGGCAAACAGCAUCAUCUUAUUCAUAUUCAUUGCUGCUGAAGUGGCCUAUAUUGUUGUUUUCCCUCAGCUGGUCUGUGUUCUCUUCUGUAGCAUUUCCAAUGGUUAUGGAGCUGUUAUGGGUUGUGUGGUGGGAGUGGGGCUAAGGUUGCUCUUUGGGGUCCCAUCAGUAGGUCUGCCAGUUGUUCUUUACCUCCCAGGAUGUCUUCUUGAGGAUGGGGUUUAUGUCCAGUACGCUCCAGUGAAGACCAUCUCCAUGCUGUCUGCCAUGGGUUCCAUCUUGUUGUUCUCCUAUCUGACAUUUGUGCUCUUCAACAAAGGUCUGCUUCCUCAAAAGUUAGAUGUGUUUAAAGUGAAAGUGAAACACUUACCACAACCGCCGAAUUCAGUGCACGACGCUGAUGAAGACCACGAAACUGAGAUGUUAGCCUCAGGGAGAAUUAACGC